AGUGUGGAACUGUGUGGGAUUGGGCAGUGUCUGCACUGGUGGUUUAUGAUCAGCAGGUCAAAAGGAUUCACGCACAAACUGACUUCAGUCGGUUAUUAAUUAUAGCUUACUGAAUAACGAUUAAGACGGCGUUUUGGACCGAACAGACUCCACGUCAAGUUCAGAUGAUGUAAAAGUAUUUGAAUCUCGCGAGGAAGAGCUGCUGUCUCGCGAGGAGACGCUCUGUGCCGCGCGCAUCUUCCCGCGUGCGCUCACUGCAGACGGACGGAGCAGGGGAAGCCGGCCAUGCGUGGCGCGUGCUACACCAACCGCACUUUCGUGGACGACGACGGGCGCGCAGCGCGAGACGCACCGGCACCAAGUGUGACUUCUGACUGCUCCCAAAUGCUCAGUGGGGUUGUGCUCAAUGUUCAGGGACUGAAGAUGGCCACUGGUGAACCUGAUGUCCCACCCCUCCAGGGCCGUGCCCGCUUCCGUGAACUGUUGCUGGGCGACCAGCCAUGCCAAAGUGAGGACAGGGUACACGUGGAGUUCUAUGUGAACGAAAACACCUUCAAGGAGAGACUCAAACUAUUCUUCAUUAAAAACCAGCGCUCCAGUCUGCGCAUCCGAAUCUUUAACUUCUGUCUGAAGGUUCUGACGUGUGUGCUUUACAUCAUACGAGUGAUGACCGAUAACCCAGCUCAUCUCCGCAACACAUGUAUGAAAUGCAACAACACUUCUCAGUAUGAUGAGAUAAACUGGGAGCUAAUCUUGUGGGUGGAUAGAAAAACUCCUGUGUGGGCAAUUCAGGUGAUUGUAGCAUCAAUCAGUUUCCUGGAGGCCAUGCUGCUCAUGUACCUCAGCUACAAGGGUAACAUCUGGGAGCAAAUAUUCCAGGUGGCAUUCUUACUGGAAAUGUUAAAUACCGUCCCCUUCAUAAUCACGAUCUUCUGGCCGACUCUGAGGAACCUCUUUAUCCCCGUCUUUCUCAACUGCUGGCUGGCCAAGCAUGCUCUGGAGAACAUGAUCAAUGAUUUACACCGAGCCAUCCAGAGGACACACUCUGCCAUGUUUAACCAGGUUCUGAUACUAAUCUGCACGCUGCUCUGCCUCGUCUUCACUGGCACGUGUGGGAUUCAGCAUUUGGAGCGAGCUGGGGGAAACCGUCUCUCUCUCUUUAAUGCUCUUUAUUUUUGCAUUGUCACUUUUUCCACGGUUGGUUUUGGUGAUGUGACGCCUCAGAUUUGGCCUUCACAGCUGCUUGUGGUGGUGAUGAUCUGUGUGGCACUGGUGGUGCUUCCCUUACAGUUUGAAGAACUGAUUUAUCUGUGGAUGGAGAGGCAGAAGUCUGGAGGAAACUACAGCAGACAUCGCGCGCAGACAGAGAAACAUGCUGUGCUCUGCGUCAGUUCCCUGAAAAUCGACCUGCUCAUGGACUUCCUCAAUGAAUUCUAUGCUCACCCACACACACAGGAUUAUUAUGUGGUGAUUCUGUGUCCGUGUGAGGCUGACAGUCAAGUUAGAAGAGUUCUGCAGAUUCCACUUUGGUCUCAGAGGGUCAUAUACCUGCAAGGUUCCGCCCUAAAAAACCAGGACCUCCUUCGAGCCAAGAUGGAUGAUGCAGAGGCCUGCUUUAUUCUGAGCAGCAGGAAUGAAGCUGAUCGAAUGGCUGCAGAUCAUCAAACGAUACUGAGAGCGUGGGCAGUAAAGGAUUUUGCCCCGAACUGCCCCCUCUACGUCCAGAUCCUUAAACCUGAAAACAAGUUCCAUGUCAAAUUUGCGGACCACGUGGUGUGUGAGGAGGAGUUUAAGUACGCGUUAUUAGCUCUGAACUGCCUGUGUCCAGCCACAUCCACUCUCGUCACUCUGCUUGUCCACACAUCCCGUGGACAGGAAGGUCAGCAGUCUCCUGAGCAAUGGCAGAGAAUGUACGGUCGCUGUUCCGGAAAUGAAGUCUAUCACAUCCGACUCAGCGACAGCAUGUUCUUCAGAGAGUUUGAGAGCAAGAGUUUUACCUACGCUGCAUUCCAUGCACACAAAAAGUAUGGUGUGUGUUUGAUAGGGAUAAAGAGAGAGGACAAUAAAAUGAUCCUUCUGAACCCUGGUCCCCGUCAUCUAAUGGCUACUGGAGACACUUGCUACUACAUCAACAUCACUAAGGAAGAAAACUCUGCAUUUACUGUCAGACAGGAAACGCAUCACAGGAAUAAACAGAGAAACAGUAACAUUCUGAACAGCCCGUCUGAGCUCCCCGUCCACAGCAUCAUUGCUAGCAUGGGAACUGUUGCAAUGGACUUUCAGAAUAAUAGCCCAACUGGAAACACGGCCAAACUGGCACCGCCCUCAGAGAAUGGACCAGAAAAUCGCCGAACCAGCAUUGCUCCUGUUCUGGAGAUUGCAGACUCUGCCUCCUUACUGCCAUGUGACCUCCUCAGUGACCAAUCAGAAGAUGAAACUGCACACUCAGAUGAGGAUGUUCCCUCUGUCUAUGAGUGUGUGAAGGGUUAUCCUCCUAACUCACCCUACAUAGGCAGCUCACCAACGUUGUGCCACCUCCUGCUCAAUAAAGCCCCAUUCUGCUGCCUGCGCCUUGACCAGGCAUGUGAGCAUGUUAGCUUUGAGGAAGCUAAAGCAUAUGGCUUCAAAAACAAGCUCAUAAUUGUGUCGGCUGAGACGGCAGGAAACGGCCUGUACAACUUCAUUGUGCCUCUGAGAGCCUAUUACAGACCCCGAAGAGAACUGAACCCAAUCGUACUGCUGCUUGACAACCUGCCUGAUGAGCAUUUCCUGGAAGCCAUUUCCUGUUUCCCAAUGGUCUACUACAUGGUUGGAAGCAUUGACAACUUGGACAGCCUGUUACAGUGUGGGGUGCUGUAUGCUGAUAACCUGGUGGUGGUGGAUAAAGAGAGCACAAUGAGCGCUGAGGAGGAUUACAUGGCCGACGCUAAAACUAUCGUCAACGUUCAGACCAUGUUCAGGUUGUUCCCCAGUCUCAGCAUCAUUACAGAGCUGACUCAUCCGUCCAAUAUGCGCUUCAUGCAAUUCAGAGCAAAGGACAGCUACUCGCUGGCUCUGUCCAAACUGGAGAAGAAGGAGCGUGAUAAAGGUUCUAAUUUGGCCUUCAUGUUCCGCCUGCCAUUUGCCGCUGGUCGAGUUUUCAGCAUCAGCAUGCUGGAUACGCUCCUCUACCAGUGUUUCGUGAAGGACUACAUGAUCUCAAUUACACGUCUACUGUUGGGGCUCGACACCACACCCGGAUCAGGAUACCUGUGUGCUAUGCGUGUGCGUGAGUGUGACCUGUGGAUCCGCACAUAUGGAAGACUGUUCCAGAAGCUUUGCUCCACAAGUUCUGAGAUCCCUUUUGGAAUUUAUCGCACGGAGUCCCACAUGUUCCUGUCAUCUAAGUCCCAAUGUUCAGGUAGCACAGAAGGAUGGGCAGACACCAAGGAGAAGGGAGAGGAGCCAAAAGUACUGCAUAGUAUGCAUAGUUCUUCAGGAAGUGACCAAUCAGAACACUCCCUUCUGAGGAGGAAGAGCAUGCACUGGACAAGGCGCCUCAGUAGGCGGGCCAUGAAGAGGAGUGACUCUGCCUUUUUCUCCGGUCAGACCAAACAUGGCGUGUCCCGGCUCUCGGAGAGGGCGGAGUUAACGGAGCUUGUCAGGAAUCGCAUGCAACACCUAGGCCUACACACAGGAUUCAAAGAUGUCACCAAUCUGACUGCCAGUGAUGUCAUGAACAGAGUCAAUUUAGGAUACUUACAAGGUGAGCUGAAUGACCAGCAGAACUCUCUCUCCUACGUGCUCGUUAAUCCCGGCCCUGACACACCCCUCCAGCUACAUGAUGUUGUGUUCCUGAUUCGGCCAGAUCCACUGGCUCAUAUUCCAGAUGAGAACACAACCCGGACAAGUCAGAGCUAAACCACAUUUAACCAGUGCCAAUCUUGCAGGUGUGAGCAAAACCUAAGACUGCCCUGAAAUGAAUUUUUACAAGUGUAAGUAUGGAAUGAUCUGUAAAUUGCUGGAUCAUACCUGUGACACUAAGUCAGAACUUCUCAGUCAAACCAACUCCAGCUGGUCCAACUGUUUACUCAGUUUCAGAUUCAAACCCAAAAACUUUUUAUUAUGCGAACAUAAAGUCCUCUAGCCAAGCAGCUUUAUGACCUGUUCAGCUGUAUGGAGUAUAAAUAAUUUUCCUUUUAGGCUUUUGAGUAAACAAAGACGUUAAUAAUGUGUAUUGAUAACACUCUCCAAAUUUGUUUUGCAAAUCCUUAAACUCAUGUUCUAAAAUUUCUGUCCAGAAUUUCACUAUAUUUUGUACAUUUGGCUUAUCGGAAGCUCUAUCUCAUCUAUCAUCUUUUUUAACGACUGGGAGGUUUAGGCCUAUGUGUAUAAGUAAGGACCAGUGUUGGCUGUGUGGGACAUUGUCAAGGACUAGACCCUUAGUAGGUUAUAAGGUUGCAUUCCAAGAUCUGUCCCAAAACGUAUACUAUGGUUAUACUUAGUACACCACUAUGUCAGGUAACAAAUUGUGGUGUGCUGUUUUUACUAUGGAAGGAUGCUGUUUGGAACAAAGUCCUAGUGCUCUGUCAAAAUGGCAGCAUGGGUAUUUAGUUACAAAAUAUCACGGAUUUGUUACAAUACUAUUCCUUAUCACACUGUCUAGUGGAGGAGCACUAACAGAUGGUUGGAUGAGGUAAAGUAGCAAUUUAUUUCGUUAUCCCAGUUGGACCAGGGACAUCAGUUCAGCCACAUAAAAAUCUCAGAAGUUGUAAGUUGUCAGUUUUUUAAGUCUGAUUUUUUUUUUAAAAAAGUGGUGCAUAUUCAAAAACAGUAGAGAUUAUUAAACAGUAAUGUACCAAACAAUCGGCCAUCCUGCACCCACUUAUUAGAGCACUGACACAUCUUUUGAGAACUGCUGGACUAGGGGACUUGUAUACAUUACCAAUGUGGAAAACAGCAAUGGAUAAAAAUUCAGAGAAUUGGGUUGUCGUGAUAUUUAUCUGUCAGACUUUGAAUAUACAGGGUGUCCCAAAAGUCUCCAGACAUAGGGUACUAUGUAUGCCAGCACCACGUCGGUUGUGCCUUCGUCAGUGGAUGCUUGUGGACGAUCACUUCUCAGUUGGUCUACAACCAGUCUUUCUUAAUUUGUUAAUAGGUUUGGCAACAGUGUCGUGUGUGACGUGUUUUCCAUGUUUCCUGUUAAAGUCCAGCUUCCCGAUCCAGCUUCCCGAUCCAGCCAUGAGAAUGAUUUCAAUAUGUUCUUCUUCUGUCUAAGGCAUUCUUAAAGGCUAUCUGAAAAAAAAAUUAUAUAAACUAAGUAUGAAAAAUUUUGGAAGACAUUUUGCUAAAAAAGUGUUCAUUUCUCCUAUGUACGGAGAUUUUUGGGACACUCUGUACUAGUCUGCUGGAAUAAUUCUUAGCCUUCUGGGUAAAACUGGGACGUGGCAGGACACAUACUGACCUGUUUAACCUCACCAAAACCCUUGAUGAUCUUGGUAAACUGGUCUGGAGCUGGAACAUUUAAAAAAAAAAAAAAAAACUAGAGAUAUCCAAAUGACUGUGCCUCCAUUUCACUAAUGCAUUCAGAUCACCCUUGUCAGCUUGCCCAUGGUAUUUUCUCUUGGCGGAAUCAUUGUUACCCCUUUAGCAGCUGUUCCAUUAUUUUGUCAGCUCAAGUGAAGUUCAUUAGAUGACCAAUAGAUGUCAAUCAAGUUAACAUUAUUGUAGACUUUCUCAGAAGGUUGAAGGUAAUUAGUGGGAUAAUUAGGAAUUAGUGAACUGUGGCUUCAUUCAAAUGUAAACUAUUUGAAAUCUGCAGAAUGUUUUUAUGAUGAGCAGAUGGACACAGAUAUUUAUAUUUAUAUUUACAGUAGAUUUAUAUUUAUAUUCUAAGUCUGAAAUGUUUACAACUGUAGUCCGAUCAGUAGAGAGCGCCAACGAGUUUGAUUUCAGAACAGAAUUCAGGACCUUAUUACCUCAUAUUACUGCCUCCAGUAUUAGUACAGAACAUAAUAUGCUAUAAUGAUAUUAUUAAAAUAUAUAUCAUAUUUUUAAUAGCUGUUUUACAAAGAAUGGUGACAAUAUAGCCAGGGUAAACUGAUCUUAGAUCAGUGUAAAAAAUAACUAUGAUCCUUUCUGAGGAUUUGUUAUACAUUCCAUUUGCUGCUGGUGAAGAAUUUACUUGGUCAAGUUAUUAUUAUUAUUAUUAUUAUUAUUAUUAGCAGUAGUAGUAGUAGUAUUCACUAUUAUUAUUGACUAGCAUCUAUUUUUGUUAUAUUUGAGCAUUCAAAAGUUUAUCAUUAUGAAACGGGUAAAUAUUUCAUUAUUCUUGUCUUUUAUGUUGGUAAUUGAGAAAGUUUUUUUUUUCUUAAUUACUGCUUGUUUAUGGAUUUUUAAAUGUACAUUUAAAAAUGUAGAUUUAAAUGUACUGUACAGUAGCAAUGUGGUCAGUUCGCAACGUUAACGUUAACAUUUAUAUAAUAUUUGUAUUCGUAAAAGUUGUUUUUGUGUUGUGAGCAUAGUCUUAGUACUCAGUUACAGAUAAUGAAUGUAAUAAAUUGUGGUAAUUUAUGGUUGUUGAUUUAAGGAACUACAAUGGAUAUAAAAAGUCUACACACCCCUGUUCAUGUGGCAGGUUUUGGUGAAGUAAAAGAAUGACACUAAGAUGAAUCA